AUGGAGUUUGUCACAGCUGACGAUCAAUGUAGGAACAAUGUAUACAUAGAAGGGAUGGCUCUCAGGUGUUCGGUCUUCAAAAGAUGGUCUAUCUUUACUUCAGCUCCAUUAGGUUCUAUCCCUGAAUUACCAGCGCUGUCUUGUCGGGAAAUAAAGGAUAGUGAAGGUAAACACACCAUAAGCGGCAAGUAUUGGCUCGAUCCAACUGGGAAAGGAAAGGCAAAACUGAUUUACUGUAAUAUGGUUAACGAAGAUAUGGACGAAUGUAAAUUUAACAUCAGUGACUGCGACGUGAAUGCAAACUGUACUAACACGUAUGGUUCUUACAAAUGCACAUGUAAAGUGGGAUACACUGGCGAUGGACACUCAUGUUCAGAUAUUGACGAGUGUAAAGGAAAUCACUCUUGUCACAUGAAUGCUAUCUGCACGAACACAAAAGGAUCGUACGUUUGUAAUUGUCACCCCGGAUAUAUUGAAAAUGGACGCGGCUGCGCAGAUAUUAACGAGUGCAAAGGAAAUCACUCUUGUCACGUGAAUGCUACAUGCGUGAACACCCUUGGAUCACAUGUAUGUCAAUGUCAUGUUGGAUAUACUGGAAAUGGACAAAACUGCACAGAUAUUGACGAGUGUAAAGGAAAUCACUCUUGUCACGGGAAUGCUAUCUGCACGAACGCCAAAGGAUUGUACGUCUGUACUUGUCACCCCGGAUAUACUGGAAAUGGACACAACUGCACAGAUAUUAACGAGUGUAAAGGAAAUCACUCUUGUCACGUAAAUGCUACAUGCAUGAACACCAAAGGAUCGUAUGUCUGUACUUGUCACCCAGGAUAUACUGGAAAUGGAAGCGACUGCACAGAUAUCAACGAGUGCAAAGGAAAUCACUCUUGUCACGUGAAUGCUACAUGCAUGAACACCCUUGGAUCACAUGUAUGUCAAUGUCAUGCUGGGUAUACUGGAAAUGGACAAAACUGCACAGAUAUUGACGAAUGUAAAGGAAAUCACUCUUGUCACGUGAAUGCUACCUGCACGAACACCAACGGAUCCUAUCUUUGUGAAUGCCACCCUGGAUUUAAUGGAAAUGGUCAAAGCUGCACAGAUAUUAGAGUGGUUUAG